UUUUGCACUUUGUAGACGGUCCCUAGACGCUCGGCUGAAAGCUGAACGCUCACAGGGAUGCAUUGGAUUUAUCCACAUAAGUAGACGGUACUUUCGGAUAAAAACCGGGUUGUAGCUUGUUGUUUACCUUCCUAUGGUUAGAUAGAGCUGCCUAUUGUGUAAGUAACACGUUUCGCUUAUGAUUUAUUGAACCGCGAACCCGCGAAUCUGCCAAUUUCUGUCUAACUUUACCGAAGUGUCUGUACUCCGUAACAUUACUUAAAUCAUCUAGGAUUUUUGCUUCAAAAUAGUCAGUUUAGCUGUUAAGGUUCUAAACAUUUCUUCUGGGGGGAAUGCCGCCGAGACCCCAAAGCCUAUACUGUAUAUGGGCAAUGGUCUGAAACUAGAGCACAGAUAACAUGGCAAUCUGUUUGGGAGUGGGAAUCUAUUCAUGAAUAACAAGUUGAUUUGCAGUGUCUUAAACUACCCCAUAGUCUGCAUGAUGCAUCAUCUCAACCAAUAGCCUAAUAUUUUGUCAUUCAUCAGAUAAGCCUCCUCCUUGUUCCCAGAAUGAUACCGAGAUUCUUCUGUGUGAUUUGUCUUGGUGAUUUCUGAUUUGUGAUAAUACUGUCCUGUUGGCAAAAGUUGCUGUAGUCUACUUUACAUGCCUUUUAUUGUUUCGUGAAUGCCUCAAAAGCUCUACACUUCCACAACGUCAUAUCAGGCUACGCUGAACAAAAAACAGACUUUUAACUCUAGCAUUUGAGGUUUAGUUUGCUGACCUUCACGUGCUGUCGGAGUGUCCAUAUUUCCGACAGUACCUCAAGGCGACAUCGACAGGAGCAAAAGCCCCAAGCCCCUGGGAACUUCCGUCUCCUCCUCCUCCGCCUCCUGUCCUCGCAGUCAGCUCGCUGGAUUUCACCUGCGCUCCCUCACCGAAACUGCUUGGUAUGUUUCGAACUUUCCACGCCUCUUCCAAACAAGAGUGACAUAUCUGCUGGCCAUAUUUGUACAGCUCAGACCGACUUCAACUCCUCAUUUCUUAAAGCUCACCAGAGGUAUCCACAGACCCGUAGCCUUCAGUUUCGGUUUAAGGAUGGACUCCGCUGCCUACCUAUUGCUGGCUUUCGUGAGCGCCGGGACGCUUCUCCAAGUGUGGGGAACAGACAAUGUGACUGCCCUGUAUGGAGAGGUCAUUGUAAUACCAUGCAAUGGUGGAGCUCCAGCACCACAGGAUCUGAUGUUCAUCAAGUGGAAAUACGAGAAAGGUGAUGGCACUGGUGGCGAUCUGUUGAUCAAACAGGUCAGCAGCGCGCAGGCCACAGUUCAGGCCACAGACCAAUAUGCCCAGCGGGUCAGCAUCGAUGCCAACUUCAGCCUGCUCAUCUCCCAGGCCACGCUCAAAGACCAGAAGACCUUCACCUGCAUGGUGGUGUCAGGCUCCAACCUCAAUGAGUACCCCGUCUCUGUCCUUGUUUACAAGAUACCGUCUUCAGUUCAGAUUAUGGACAAGUCUAAAGUACUGCAGAAGGACAAACUAACAAUGGUGGGAACAUGUGUUGCGGCAAAUGCAAGCCCUGCAGCUACGUUCAUCUGGAAAAAGAAUGGAAAGCCCUUGUUAGCUGAUGGGAUAGUUGUUGUGAUCAGUUCUAGCAUUAAGGUGGAUCCAGCCACAGGCCUGUACACCACCUCCUCCAGCCUCCAGUAUGCAGCUUCCAAAGAGGACGUUGCUGCAGUCUUUGUCUGCGUGUCCACACAUAAGCUGACUAAUCAGGAGAAAGAACUGGGACACUUUCCCAUUUACUAUCCAUCGGAGAAGGUUAGCCUCGAAAUUAUGUCCAAGGGACCCAUCGUAGAAGGAGAUAACGUGACGUUGAAGUGUCACGCUGAUGGGAACCCUCCACCCAGCUCCUUCUUCUUCCACAUCAAGGGCCAGAAAAUGCCGGUGGUAAAUUCGGACAACUACACUUUGACUAACAUCAGCAGAGAGGCUGGGGGGGAAUAUAAAUGCUCCCUGGCUGACGAUGAGAAAAUGGAGGCCUCCCAAAGCAUUGCUGUUAGCUACUUGGACCUGAGUCUGACUCCCUCUGGGAAGGUUGUGAAGGCAGUAGGCGACCCCUUGCCUGUUAUGAUCAAGAAGAACGCUUCUGGUGACUCUAAAGUUUCAUGGACAAAGGAUGGAAAGGCAAUGAAGGAGGUGAAGUUAAGCAAGUUAACCUAUGCUGAUGCAGGAGUGUAUGUGUGUGAGGUUUCCAUGACUGGCCUCACGCGACGUCAGAGCUUUGAACUGGUCGUUGAAGGAAAGCCUAUGAUCACCAGCCUUACCAAGGACCGUGCUGAUAAUGCUGAUUCCAAAGUUCUGACCUGCGAGGCUGAGGGUGUACCAGUACCCAACUUCCAAUGGAGCGUCAAUAGCACAGAUGAGAAGAGCGUCUACACCAACGGCAAGGCCACCCAUAAAAUCACUGUGAUCCCCACGGCGAAUCUGACUGUCACCUGCAGGGUCAGCAACAAGCUGGGAGAAGAUACCAAGACCAUCAAUGUUUCCUUUGUUAAUAAGGAGAAUAAACAGGAGGGAAGAGGCCCUCAGGACGAUUCACAGGACCAGGCCAAGCUCAUAGUGGGAGUCGUGGUAGGCCUCCUCAUAGCUGCUGCCAUAGUGGGACUCAUCUACUGGCUUUACAUGAAGAAUUCAAGACGAGGAAGCUGGAAAACUGGGGAGAAGGAGUUGGGAACAUCUGAGGAGAGCACAAAACUAGAGGACAACAAUCACACUGUUUAAAGGCACUCCGGCUAUACUACAUGGGAGGAAUAUGAAGCAGCCAUGCAACAUUAAAAAUAGAGACUCCCAGUUGGCUGCUGACACCCUCCAUCAGGCUCCACACAAGCAGCAACCGAGUCCUGCCCACUGCCUGCUGUCCCACAUCACUGUCUGAAGUCUGCACUGAGGAUGCCUCGUGUUACUGUUUCAUUUUGUGUUUUCGUGUUCCUGGUGAAUGCUCUGUUAUGUUUUGUGUGAGCAGUUCUGCUCAGGGUGUGUGGUGGGUUUUUUGCCGCUUAGUUCUUCCUUUAGGAUUAUUUUUUUUUUGUGUUCUCGAUUUUCUUCAAACAAUGUAAAUCCCUUGUACACUUGUAAGGCCUGUAUAACGAAUUAUAAGUAUGUUUGUGCCCUCGCUGAGCAUGCCAAUGUUUAUUUUUAUUGUUUGUACUUUUUUGUGUGCUGUGUGUUAAAAAGCCUUUGUUAGGCUGUCCUCAGAGAAAAAUACACUUAACUGCUGUAUAACCCUACUGAAACUCCUCAACAUCUCUUAACCUCCUGACUUGUGUUCUUUGGUUUUCAAACACUGGUAAAUGGAUUGUCUGUAUAGGUAUUGAAAGCCCACUACAAAAGAGUCCUGAUUAUAGUCAUGAUAUUAAAUAAGGAACUGGAUCCAGUUUAUUGUUACUGUGACCCCAAAAAACUAACAUACUAAGUUUUAAAUUGCAUUUGUGUAGAUGUAAAUUGGACACAGUCAAAUACUAACACUGUUUAUGGAAAUUCCAGUACUUUCUGUCACUUUUUUGUUAGUUGUUGGAAAAAUUGUUUAAUCUGAGAAGGCAAAAAGAAAUGAAAAGGCAAGAAGUCUCUUUUUUUAAGUUUAUGUUAAAAAAAAUUUUGAUCACCUGUGAUUUAGUUUAAUACACUACAUUGCUGUCUUCAUGUGAAGAUCUAUCUGGUCUACAGUUCCAAUUCCUCUAUAUAUAUAUAUAUAUAUAUAUUCUUUUCAUGUUUUCUUUUUGGAAGAGCUUUACUUUAUGCCAGGUCUAAAAAUCAGUUUUUGUGUUUUUGAUGUAUUUAUAUUAUGUGUGCAACCUUCCUGGAUGGCGAUGCUGCAGCAUGCAAGAUAAUACUGGAGUUAUUUUUAAGCCUGCAUGGAAGUUUUGAAACAGCACUGUGUUGUAGGAGAGUUACAUGAGAGUGAAUAAGGCUAUACAGUAUCUGUGCUCAUUACCUGCUGUAAUUUUAUUGUCAUUUUUAGCUCAGUGUUGAAGACCGUGUUGUUCAGGCAGACUAGUUGAUGUGCAUAAGGAUCGUGGUUCUCUGGCUUUACAGCUUUUGCUCUGGUACAUCCCACAAUGCAACACCCCAGUGACCCACCAAGGACAAAGGUUUAAUAAGAAAGUUUGAAUCAUAGACCAUUUAUAGUUCAGUUCAUAGUUGUUAAGUUCACACCAUUUACAUACUGUAUGUAUGACUCAAGUUCUAUAUACAUAACUUUCACCUAACCAUAUGCUAAUAUUUCUGACAAUCCUAGGGGGAUUAUGAAUAUAGCCAAUAGUCAGAUUUAUUUAAGAUUUGAGAAUGUGGAAUCGGUUUUCUUAGAUAUUUAGUUUUUUUUUUUUUUAUGCAGCACCAGGCAAGAAAGUACCAAUUCCAGUAUUUUAAAUUGACUUUGUCAAGAGCUUCAGAUGCAAAUAUGAUAUGUUGGUUGAAUUUGAAGGAACCAUGCCCCAGUUGAUCUUGUGAUGUUCUCUCGGAUGCUCAUUUUUCCGACUAAAGUAAAGAGAUGACACUGUCAGUUCUCUUCCUUUAUUUUUGUGGAAGGUGUAUCUUCAAAAUGACAGCAGUGUCAUCACAUUGUGGGAUGGUUUGCGAAACUACAUGACAUGAAAGCAGUAGAUCAGCAUUUUAGGCACCUGGUCCAUUUGUUUGCUCAUGCCUUUUGUUCCUUUUUAAAUAAUCAGGUCAGCAGUGAAACCAAAGAUGGUGAGAUGAGAAGGCCAUAGUAGUGUUGUAAAUACAGACUUUUGUUUUUGUACUGUUGUUGACAAUAAAGUGAAAAUUUUGAAACAAA